AGCGUGGCCGCGUGAUUUGUCGCCGUUCGCGCGCGCGUUCGAUGGCUCGAUCAUCGGCGAUCGAUCAUUAACGUCAGUGCGCUUCGCGCCGCGCGAUCGUGCGUUUCGUUCGUGUUCGUCGUACUCGCUCGUCGUGAGCGCACGUGCGAUUCACGGGAGUGCGCGAUAUACGCGUUUGCGAACGGUUUAUGGGCGGUCUCGCAGUCUCGCCGAAGAGUAUCAACGAGAAGUCUGCAGCGUAAGAUCGAGCGGAACGCGAGUCGAUCUUCUCGCGAGGGAGAAGCUAGAGAAGUUUCGCGCGCGCGACGUAACGUGACUAAAGUUGAAAAACUUCGCAAGGUCAUAAUCUGUUUUCGCUGUAUAACAGUUUCGUGCGAAACGCGUUAUGUCGACAAGCUUGUAUUCACGACUUUAAGCUGACAGAUUUUGAACACCAAAAUGAAUAUAAGAACAUGAAAUAGUAUGUGAAAUAAUCGUGCGGAAUUUGAGAGUGAAUCAUACAUGAUUGCACCGUAAAAAAAAAGCCCUUCGAGAUGAGCCCUUCGCCUACGGCCAAUCGAAGUUUCCUGCACGGGAGCAGCAGGGCUGCCCUCAUCUCCGACAAAGUCGUUUACGCCACUCUCGACAGCUUGGCUCUGAAGCGAACGAGAUUGCCUCUACAAUUGCUUCCCGUGGUCAGCGAUAAUGUCGCGGACAAGACGGAAAAAUUAGACAAAGAGAAACGACUCGUCAAUGGAAAGACUUCGCCCAAACGACCAACUUAUAAGGUGAAAUCCGGGGCGAGUCAUCAGUGGAAAAGUUACUCCAAGUACCAGGCCUUCUCUUUGACGAAGUCGGAGAACCAGUCGACGACUUGUGCCACCAGAGUAUCGGAUUCCACGAUCAAAUGCAAUUUCGAGAAUAUCCCGAAAGAGGAAACUCAGUCGCAAACCAAUGCGACAGAAGCCACUGAAAAGACUAUAGAAAGUUUAUCCUCUACAAGUCUAUUUACAAAAGAGGAAUCUUGCACUCGAAGUAAUAAUAAUGAUUUAAAAUAUCCUCAUCUAGAACAGAAGAAUCCUCACGUAUACAUCAAGAUUACUGAAAAUCAGCAAGAAAAAGAAAAAUGCAUCGAAAGAAAGGAUUCCAAUUCGUCCAGCGAUUACGAACAGAUGGAUAUAGUAGACAGUAAAGCGUUUACAUUUGAUGGGACGUCUAAAAUAAUUGAUCCUUCAAAUCCGAAAAUUCCAGAGCGCCUAACACAUAUUUAUAAAACCGAGAAAAAUAUUCCAAUCGCUUCUAAGAUAGCCGUAAAGUCCCGGUCUGUCAAUGAUCUGACGACCAGAGAGAUCGCGUACGAAAAUCGUCGGGAAUAUUUGAAGCAGGAGGACGCAGGGUCAAUCACGAGCGACGAGGACGAUGACGCGUCACGGUACAAGAAAAAGAAAAGACGGUUCACCAGAAACGUGCUGCACUAUGUGCCACGACACUUGGUAAAGCAGCCGACGAAAAAGAAGAAGUCGAAGAAGAAGUACACUCUGAGCAGUUCGCUGAGUUCGCUGCAAAUGACGCCCUUCUCGAGAACACAGGACACCUGCGCCCGGACCAGGAGCCUGUCGAGGGAGGAGCUGAAGGGCGUCAUCAUCUCGUCGCCCACGAACUUCGUUCACGUGGCAUCGGCUACGAAUCUCAGCCUGGUUCGCGACACCGUAGGAUCCGGCUGCUUGGAGCAGGUUGUGAUUACUCAUCAACAGAUAUGCGCGACUUUGCCUCUGCUUGUUGGAAAGGACGAGCGACGACGCAAGUCGGUGAACGCCGAGAACGCUGAAUGGUCCAAGGUUGCCGCAGGAAUUUCUCCCGAUAUGAUUUCCAAGCAAUCUAAAGAAGACCAAUCGACUGUAGAAAGUGUCACAGAUAAGAGCGAUCGAGUCAACUACGCCGAGAUAAAGAGUGACUUCUCGAGGGACUCACAGGCGAAAGUUUUGGCGUCCGGCCAGGAAGUGGUGAAAACCACGAUUGAAAAUCAGGCCGAUUCGCCUGAAGGAGGCGAAAUGUACGAGCCGGUCUGGGAGGCUUCUCCUCGGGCGCCGCCGCAGGCCAACUGUAGCUUUCUGUGGAGCAAUCAUCGGGCUAAGACUUUUCCGGAAGUUAAGCACAACACGCCCGUUCCUUCGUGCCAUGCCACGAAGGAAAACGACGAGGGCGUCGACAGCGAGGGAUACGACGAUGUCGGGCCGUCUAACUUCGUCGCUCAAGCGGAGUCCGAUUACGACGACGUGGGUCCACCGAUAGCUCGUCUCGAAGUGGAAGAAGUGGACGUCGCUGAUGCUAAAGACUGCGACGAGAUUUACGACGACGUGAUGCCGCCUAGCCAUAAACCUGACGGUUUAAAAGUCGUCGACGAGAGCGAUUAUCUGAUUCCGGAGAUCUGCAAGGAAAUAGCAUUGAGCAAGGAACUGCUCGUGGAAUUGCGCGCGACGUUGAAGGAUCGCGAGGCGAAGAUGACGUCGAUAACCGAGUCCGAUCAGUAUUUCACGUCUAUGAACAACGAAUAUUCCAGCGUGGAUGACUGCGAGAGUCAUCUGAGCCAAGAGGAGCGAGACGAGCUGGGUGUGUAUGACGACGUCGGGCUGCCGCCGGGCGAGGAACGUGUCAAUAGCCUUUACGCCGGCUCCGCACCCGGCUCUGUCUUAGGAUUGACCUCGAUGAACGGCAAGGAAUCCGAGUGGGAGGACCUGGAAGAAGUCUCAAGCGCCUCGCGGUGCCCUUGUCAGACCAAUGAUCCAUGCGGAAAGAGGACCGAAGAACAAAAUGCAUGGAGCAAAAAGAAACUCGCUCAGCGAUGGUCGCGAAAUGUCAGGAGGCAACGGUCCAGGAGAUCUCGCAGAAGUAUCAAAGCGACUGUGACAACGAAAACGACCAUUAGUACGGCAGUUGACGACAGCGUUUCCGACGAUAGCACAUACGAGAGUCUGUAUUCCUGCCAGCCAGAUGACUUCAGCAGCGAUUCGGAAACGGAAACUCGACGUGAUGUCCCGAACGAUUGCGUGAUCAACACUUAUCAAUGUCCUUCGAGACCGACCCCGCCGCCUCCGAGGGAAGGCAGUCUAACGCAGAGCUUGGGCAGGCGAAUAAAGAUGCUGCGCAGGACCUGGAGCAUCACGAAGGGCAGCCUCGGCAAGAUCAGACGGCGAACGUCCGUGGACGAGUCCGGCUUCGACGACAAGGAAUCCGGCAACGAGCAUCACGACACCGGAAGAUACUUCAAUUUCCGACUGAGGCAUUUCCGAAAGAGCAUCGCUGGCCCGCCGACCUUCUACCUAGACGAGAAUGAUAAAAAUGACAAUGUUUGUGGAGCUCGCAAUAACAACAAUGGCAAGGAAACUAUUUACACUAACAGCCAAUAUAUGGGAAGCGGUAGCGAUGAUUCCUCAAAGACUCCGGAAGACGUCGAUCAUUACAGUGUGCUCGCCGAUCAGGAACCUCUCUACCAGUUUUACGCGGCCGCGGUGGCUCGUGUUGCUUUCGAAUCGGAUUCCGAGGGCUACGAAGAGGUAGAAGAUAUGAUGUGGAAGACAGAACCAGUCACAUCGAAUCUUUCCAGAUCAGGACAAAGGACGCUCUGGUGUCAUACUCCACAAGUAAUACACAGUGGUCUCUUGCAAAAAUUAACAACGGAAGAAAAGAAGAUUCAAGAGGCAAAAUUCGAGAUCUUGACCUCCGAAGCGUCGUACUUAAAUUCUCUUCGGGUCCUAGAAAACGAGUUCCUUAGUAAUCAUACACUAAUGAACGAGAUCUUGACGCCGGUCGAAAGGAAGAAAUUAUUCGGCGGGGUGUCGAGUGUGUUGUCGACAUCGCAAAUGUUCCUAGCUGAAUUGGAAGCUGUGUGGAGAGAAGAUCCGAUGCUGUCGGGUUUAUCGGAGGUCUUGCUGAAGCACGCCGAAAAGUGUCAGGCCACGUAUGUGGCCUAUUGUUCGAAUCAAGUCAGCAUAGACACGACUCUAAAAGAACUCAAAGCUCGGAAAGGCGUAAAGUUCUUGGAGGCUGUCAAACGUAUAGAAAUGCAUCCAGCGUGCCAAAAUCUAUCUCUGCAUUCCUUCCUAAUGCUACCAAUGCAGCGUGUUACGAGAUUGCCCUUAUUAGCUGACGCUGUUGUUUCCAAAUUAUCGAUCGGAAAUUCGGACAGAGCGACUUGGGAAAAAGUACUAUCGACUUUGAGCAACGUCGUUGCUGAAUGCAACGAAGGUGCUCGAGCUGCUGCUCAAGAAGCCGAGAUGGAAGCUUUAGCGAGAAAAUUAGAAUAUUCGUCGAAAAUUAAGCCGAUUAUACUAAGGGGCAAACAUUUAGUUAGAAGUGGAUCGGUCGUGCAAUUGUCGAUGAAGACUGAUACCGAAUACAAGCUUACAUUUGGAAAGAAGUUCAACAAGACACCGCUCUACCUUCUCUUACUCACUGAUUAUCUUCUAGUCACGAAAUUAAAAUCCAAUGCUCACGACGAAUGCUAUAGCGUCAUAGACGCAUGUAAAAGGAAUCUUCUGGCCCUGGAGUCAGCUUCCGAAGAAUCACCGUUCGCUGGACGGAACGCUAUGAUACUAACUCUUCUGGAGAACCAUUCUGGCCGUCACGUGGAGUACGUCUUGACAUGUGAAAAUAAUACCGCACGAGAACGAUGGCUGGAGGCUGUCUCACCGCCCAAACGUGGCUCAGUUGGCGAAACGUUGUACGAAUCCUGGGAUUGUCCGCAAGUGAUGGCAAAGUAUCCAUAUUCGCCAAAUCAACCAGAUGAAUUAUCAUUGCAAUCAGGGGAUGUAAUAAAUGUAUUGAGAAAAAUGGCAGAUGGUUGGUUUCAUGGUGAAAAAUUGUUGGAUGGAGAACAAGGAUGGUUUCCGGCGAAUUAUACGAAGGAAGUUGCGUCAGAACACGUGCGUGCGCGGAAUUUGAAACAACGACACCGUCUGUUGGCACUCAGCAGCAGUGUGAUACAACAAAGAAGGGCGAGACAGAACCAAGGGAUUCAUUGACGAUUAAAUUGAGACGGGAGCGCGAAUCGCUCGGAUAUUGUGAUAUCGUCUAUAAAUUAUUGAUUGUUUAUAUGUAUGUAAUUUUCACGCUACGACAGUAUUUUUAUAAAUAAGAAUUGUGUGCCAAUGUAAUGUUAUUCGUCGCCAAAGUGUGAGGAAUAAUUUUCUAAAAUCUUUUUUUACCAUACCAUAUUGAAACUAUAGGAAGUUGAGACAAGAAAUGAUGGAAUUUUACAUAUAUAUUGUACAUAAAGGCGUAAAGAAAAAAAGAAAAGAAUGUUGUAACAAAAGUAUAUGCGUCUGUUUAUUAUUUUUAUACAAAUACAAUAUAAAUAUAUAAAUCUCA